AGUACUAUUAGCCUACAUUUGUAGAAACUUUACAAGGAAGACGCGUAGCUUUUAGAGAGGUUAUUGGAGCUUCUCUGGAAUCCAGAUUUUCGCUUUGAUUAAGAUAAAUUGUACUUAAUGAUUAUUAAGUUUGUGACUUUCGAUGUUCGAGAGCACGUUGGGACGUAUCAUCAUGGUUUGUUUACAUGAUGAAUCAGCUGGAAAGCUAACGUUAGCAAACAAGCCAGCUAAACUCGUUUUCCAACUGCUAUGAGUUAAUUCCCAUGAACGAAAAGCGAAAGUAGUCAACUACGUAACGCUACAUUCCUUGUUUGUUUUUCUGCUACAGUGAGCUGUUAGUCUCUGAGCGUUAGUUAUCGAUCCAGCUAAAUGUGUCGAAAGUAGGGCUUGGCAAUAUAACGCUAACCUAAGUGUUAACGUUAUAUUGCUGGUUAAGUGACCCUAUAGCCAGCUGUCGUGAGAGCUGUCUUCACAAAGAUGCCUUGCUCCUGUGGGAACUGGAGAAAAUGGAUUAGACCUCUGGUCGUUCUACUGUAUAUAUUAUUGUUAUUAGUGGUGUUACCCUUAUGCAUCUGGGAACUGCAAAAGUCUAAGGUCGGCACUCAUAAUAAGGCAUGGUUUAUUGCCGGGAUAUUUGUCUUCAUGACUAUACCCAUAUCACUGUGGGGUAUCCUUCAGCAUUUGGUACACUACACUCAGCCUGAACUGCAAAAACCCAUUAUCAGGAUAUUAUGGAUGGUCCCAAUCUACAGUUUGGACAGCUGGAUUGCUCUGAAAUACCCCGGUAUAGCAAUUUACGUGGACACAUGUAGAGAGUGCUAUGAAGCCUAUGUCAUCUACAACUUCAUGACCUUCUUGCUCAACUAUCUGGCAAACCAGUACCCCAGCCUAGUGCUGAUGCUGGAGGUCCAGGAGCAACAAAAACAUCUUCCUCCUCUCUGUUGCUGCCCACCAUGGCCAAUGGGAGAGGUUUUACUACUGAGAUGCAAGCUGGGUGUGUUGCAGUAUACAGUUGUAAGACCGGUCACAACAGUGAUUGCCUUAAUCUGUCAGCUUUGUGGGGUAUAUGACGAGGGCAACUUCAGCACAGCAAAUGCAUGGACAUACCUGGUUAUCUUUAACAACAUGUCACAGCUGUUUGCCAUGUACUGUCUGGUGUUAUUCUACAAGGCCUUGAAAGAGGAGCUCAACCCAAUCAAACCAGUGGGCAAAUUCCUUUGUGUCAAACUGGUAGUUUUUGUCUCCUUCUGGCAAGCGGCAUUCAUUGCUUUCCUGGUGAAGGUUGGGGUGAUCUCAGACAAACACACAUGGGACUGGAAAACAGUGGAGGCUGUAGCUACCGGCUUGCAGGAUUUUAUCAUCUGUCUAGAGAUGUUCCUUGCAGCCAUUGCCCACCACUUUAGCUUUACCUACAAGCCUUACAUCCAGGAGGCUGAGGAGGGCUCGUGCUUUGACUCCUUUUUGGCCAUGUGGGAUAUCUCUGAUGUCAGAGCAGACAUCUCCGAACAAGUUCGCAAUGUUGGGAGAACAGUUAUGGGUCGCCCGAGGAAGAUGUAUUUUGGUGAGGCACAGAGCGACGAUGAACGAUCAGGCCUGCUCUCUGCAGGCUCUCAAGACGCACCUGCCAUUGAGACCUCAUCAAAGCCAGCAUCACCGCAGGGCCGAUAUGAGGGACUGGGCAAAACCUUCACACCACACUCUAUGUCAGCCCCUGCUGGGCUCAGCUCAGCCCUUUGGGAAGAAGGGUGUGAGGCUAGACCUGAAGACAUCCAAGACACCAAAGAGCCAACUGAUUCAGAUCUCAUUGUAAUCACCUAGCCUAUCAUCAUGGCUAGUGAGCUACAGACUACCGAUUACUGUUGGCCAGACACCAACAGUGGCCUGUCAUUUCCUUCAGAACAUUGCAUCGCCAAUUCAACAUGACCAACACAAAACUAGAGAACAUUGUAUAAGGCACAUUAGAUAGUGAUAGAAAUUUGCCCUAAAAUGCAACUACCAGUGGACCUCUCCAUGAAUGACAGCUGCCAGAAUGUUCUUAUGUGAUGCUUUGAAAGCCUUCGACCAUAAACCUAAAGAACUUAACACUUUUUUCAUCACCAAGAUGUGGCGAUGUAAAACAAAACCUGUACCUGCAUUGUUAAAUACAAUAUGGUGAGACUUAAAAGUAGAAUCUGUAAUGUGGGGAAUUUGUGACCACUAUGCCCACUUGUUUUUGUUUUGGUUUUUUUUCCUUGCUGUGUGGGCUGAAUUCGAGUUGAUGAGAAUGGAGGGUUUCUGAUCGUCAGUUUUGGCGGAGUCACAAAAGCGGCCACAUUUACACAUUGAUGCCAAACUUUGGCACAGCACAACUCAAUAACAGGUGUAUGGGAAGAGGCAAUGGCGCAACUGUAGACUUGAGGGAAGAGAUUUACCAUUGAUGCUAACCUUGAAACAUUUUUACUAUGCAAGUAAAUUACCUUUUGUAAAUUCCAGCAAGUGUGCUGUAUCAGGUAUUAAGUAUCCAUAGGUGUCACUCCAGCCCUGCAGCUACACCUCACAUACAAACCCCCCCACCCCCCGCCCCCAAAAAAACGGUACCAUACAGCGUAAUUCAAAAAAUAACAUAGGGGUCACCAAUUCUAAACAGAUUUUACUUUUAAUGCCUCCGAUUUCAUUUAACAGGUCAAGAGAGGGUAUAGCAUCUCCCGGUAGUAAAUAACAUGCAUCUUUGACAUGUGCUCAGCAUAGUUCAGUCAAAUGUAAUGAUAUAAGAAACACCACUUAGAAUCGGUUAAGUACUUAUCGAAUUUAAGUCACACCUUUCAAGAUCAAAUUAUGAUUUAAAUACUGAAAUAAGGCUCUUUAGAAGACCUCUCUAAUGCCUCUGCACAAAAGCGGUCCUAAAGUUCCCCGUCUUCAGAAUACAUUUGGUUAAAGAGGGGAGUGAAAGGCUUCAUUGGGAUGGAGGCUGACACAGAGAUUUUCAACACAGCACCUAGGUGGUUGGGUAGGUUGGUUGGGUGUAAUUCAGAACUGGAAUAAUGUUUGUCAAAUGAAUUUCCGUCAUUAGAAGCCUGUUAAAUGUUGGCCAAAUACCCUUUUCUGCUCGAAGCGCCUCGUGGAUACUGCUACACAAUCAGAAAGCGUACAACGGAGCAUUUCCCGAGGGUUUGAGCUGCAACCAUACAAUAGGUUCAACGUAUUAUAGUAUAUUAUACAAUCAAGCACAAAGACUGUAUACCCAGGAUGAUGUUCUACUAAUGCAUUACUGUAUACAGUCCUAUUGUGUUGAAUCGAAACACGAGUCUCGUCUUCUCGGAUGCCUUGUUCCUUUUACAUGCCAUGGAAAGAGCCGAUCCACUAUAUAUAGCAACUUUAAAUUAAUGUUACUGGAAGUCUGUCAAGGGACAAGUAAACAGCUUUUGAGUUUUUUGCUCUCAUUUAACUCAUUGGAUCGCUGAGUAGGCUGAGUGACCAGUGUAGCAAUCCUAUCUAGUUUGUCUUUUUGAAGAGUAAUUGUGACUAAUUCAUGUAGGCAUACUGACCGAUCAUUAAUGCUACUGUUCAGUGUAAGAUACCAGUCUAAUUUCUGUGUCAGUAUUUACUAUUUGAGUUGUCAUACAUGCAGUACGAUGUGCACUAUGGGGUAUAGCCUUACUUAAAAUUGUCAAAUUAUUAAUCUGAAAGGAUUAGUUCAAGUGAAAUGUAGACUGGACAUUUUUUUUAAUGAACGAAAUGUUAACAGAUUUGCAGCCUUCAAAGUAGAUGCAAUUCCCAACAUUUUAUCAGUUUCCUUUUAGGUUGCAUGGUAAAGUUGUCAGGUCAAUAUUGAGAAGUUAUUUUAUGUUAUCAUAAAAGAAUUGUAUUGCAAAAAUCUGCAUCCUUUAUCGAGGAACAAUUCUGAUACAGUACAACGUAGAGGAAGCGUUUACAUACAAGUCUCUGUGGUCUACGUCCAGUGCAUUAAAUGGUUCGGGCUUCAUGAACCCUCAACGUGGUAUGUACUGCUGAGAAUUUGAUGGUUCUGUUAAUCUCUGAAAAGGGGAUUACGUGGGUUUUAGCACAGCUGGGGCUCUGAGACUCCCUUUCCUGUUGGGAAGUAACAAUGUGGAAAAUUUGGUCAACAUUGAAUCAUGACAAAUGGACUGCAUUGUAUUUCACAGGCAUGCGUGAUAUACCGAUAGUCACAAUUUGUCCUGAUAAUAAAUGUAAUUGUUAUUUAAUGACAUAUUUCUGAGAUCACGUUCUUAAA